GACUAAUGGCCAUUAGCUGCAGAUGGUGAAAGGGUAGAGGCCAGUGGCCGGGGAGGUGGGGGAAGCAGGGGUUGGCGGGGAUAGACCCCGAUUUUCUGCUCAGCAGGAGACCGGAGUCGAGGCCCCUGGGACAACCCUUCAGGCCAUUAGCAUGCAGUGGCCGCGCGCGCCGUCCUUGAAGGGCUGCCCGGCUGACCUUGCUCCGUUUUCACCGCGGAUUCUCCAGCAGCGCGCGAGGACGCGGCCGCCGCGGUGACUCAGUGCCCUGCGCGCUGCAUGCAAAUGCUCGUCUCCGACGAGGCUGGCUCUGCGGUCUGCGCUUGUCCCCGCGCUCCUCCGAACCCCACGAUUCCAACCCUGCUCUUUCCGCUUCUCCCUUCCCCCUCUUCAUAGCCCCGCGUCCUCAGGUUGCGUAGCCCACCUCGCCACCGCAGCACCGAAGGGCAACCUUCGCACUCACUGACUACGGGCGCGGGGAUCAGACACGCUGUCCAUCGGCCGGCCCCAAGCUCAGGCUGCCCCCGAUCCGAUCCGGAGCCAGCCCGGAGUGGGCGGUGCGCCGCGCGGAGUCUCAGCCCAGCCUGGCCGGCCCUGCUCCUCAUUGGUCGUCACCUCGGCGGGAGGGCGGCCCGACUCGGGCACCUGCCGUCGCCCCUCCACGGGCAGAUCGGCGGCUGCGGGACACCGGCGCCCAGAGACAGCAGCACGCGAGGACAGGCCUGGGGCUCGGCAGACCUCCUCACGACUGGCCCUGUCCUUUCGCCACCGCGCUCCCGGCUGCGCCCGCGGGAAACUUUGCCUGGCGAAGUCCUCUGCCCUCCUGGCCAAGCCUUGACAGUUCACCUAACGCCCCCCGGGGCCCCACACAGCGUGCGUGAUUGCCACGCCGCCCCGCACGGUGCAUCCGCGGCGCCGGGCCGCCAGGAUGCGCUACGCAGACCCCUCAGCCAACCGGGAUUUGUUGGGGAACCGAACUUUGCUCUUCAUUUUCAUCUGCGCCUUUGCCUUGGUGACCUUGCUGCAGCAGAUCCUGUACAGCAGGAGCUACAUCAAGAGAGGCUUCCAAUUUGAUUGGCAGAGGGGCGACCAGCAGGCCAACUGGACUGGGCUCUUUAAUGACAGCAACAGCUCUCCAGAGCCGAACAUCAGUGACUUCAGAUCCAGGUACUUUGAAUUUUACAAGGGGCCUUUAGAAUUUAACUCCACAAGAUGCCUGGAGCUGAGGCAGGAGAUCCUGGACGUGAAGGUGCUGUCCAUGGUGAAGCAGUCUGAACUGUUUGACAGGUGGAAGCGCCUCCAGAUAUGCAACUGGGCAAUGGACACCUCUGAAGCCAACCUGUUCAAGUCCACCUUGUCCAAGUGCUGCAACGCCCCUGGCUUUCUCUUCACCACUCAGAAGAACACUCCUAUUGAGACAAAUCUCAGGUAUGAGGUGGUAUCCAGCGGCUUCUUCCACAUCAAUCAGGAGAUCUUCCAAAUGUUUCCCAAGGAAAUGCCCUACUACCGAUCUCAGUUUAAGAAGUGCGCCGUGGUGGGCAACGGAGGCAUCUUGAAGAACAGUGGCUGUGGGAAGGAGAUCAACAGUGCCGACUUUGUCUUCCGGUGCAACCUGCCCCCUAUUUCAGGGGAGUAUGCCACAGAUGUGGGGGAGAAGACAGAUGUAGUCACCGUGAACCCCAGCAUCAUCAUUGACAGGUUCCACAAGCUGGAGAAGUGGCGGAGGCCCUUCUUCAGGGUGCUGCAGAUGUACAAGAACGCCUCGGUGCUGCUGCCGGCCUUCUACACCAUACGCAACACCCUUGUGUCCUUCCGUGUCAAGUACCUGCUGGAUGACUUCGGGUCACCGCAGCAGGUCUACUUCUUCCACCCGCUAUACCUGUUAAGCGUUUCGCGCUAUUGGCUCAACCUGGGCGUGCGCGCAAAGCGCAUCAGCAGCGGCCUCAUCCUAGUCACCGCGGCGCUGGAGCUCUGUGAGGAGGUGCACCUGUUUGGCUUCUGGGCCUUCCCCAUGAACCCCUCAGGCUUUCACAUCAUGCACCACUACUACGACAACGUCAAGCCCAAACCCGGCUUCCACGCCAUGCCCUCUGAGAUCUUUGCCUUCCUUCACCUGCACAGCCGUGGCAUCCUCCAAGUACACACAGGCACCUGCAAUUACGGCUGACAGGCCCAUCACGGGCGUCUCAGCUCCCAUCCGCCUCCCUUCAGGGUUCCCUGGCCCUGCCAUUGUUGCUCCCUAAGGAUUUAGGGUUUGUCUUUGGAUCCUGGGGAGGGAGUCAGGGACAGAACCCAUGCAACGUCAGCUCUGUCCUGAGCCUCCAUCCUGUGCCUCCAUUUAGCUCCUGGGCCUCUCUCCAAGGUCGGGGCCUCAUAAGCACACAUCCACUCAGUUUCAGCUUCCCAGAGAACACAUUUGUGGUGGCCUGUUUGUAGCUAAGUCAGGCCCUGCGGAGAACAGACUUGCAGGUGAGCCAUUCCCUUUACAGGAGAGAGCACAGUCCAGGUCUCGUUUGGACAUUUGGCUGCCCAAGUUUCAUACCAGAGACUCAGCCAUGAAUCACCAUCUAGAAUCUCAGGGCUCAGAGGCUAGCCCUUCUAGGGAACAAACAGUGGCCAAGCAUCCUGGUCUACCUGGCUGAACUUCAAAUGCUUCAGGGAUAGCUCAUCAAGGCCUGUGUUAGCAUCACCCCAAGACUCCAGUAGCCAAGAGCCAUCCACCUCUUAAAAAUAGCCCUUGGACACACACAGCCUCGGUGCCUCUAGGUUCCAGCAUUUAACCUUUGACAAGAAGGAAAUAAACCAGACCAGCCAUUUGCACUAAGAUCUCCAAGCCAAUGCUAUCGACUCAAUAAGUGCUUAGCAAUUUGCUUCCUGUUCUGUCUCCCUAUUUUCAGCUCCAUUUUAAUCAGGAGUUAUUUAUAAAGAUCUGUUCCUCUCUAUGUCCCCAAAUACUGCAGAAUCUUGUUAAACUGUGUUCCUGAAUAGGAAGGUGUCAGCUGGAAAGCUCCUCCUCACGUGAGCCUGGCGGAUGGCAGCUAACUGGGACUUUGACAUCAAUGUCCCUGCUGUUUCUGUUGGGAAGAUGGCACGUAUAAGGCUCAUGCCUGCCGUUUUCAGACACAGGGAUUCACCAGGCCUGGGGUUAGGGGACCCAGCUGUUCCCAGGCUGAAAGGUUCACAUGCCAUCCAUAUCUGGAACUCCUUCCAGUUGCUUCCUCUGAUGUGUUUUUACCCUAAAUGUGAUAGUGCCCAUUGUCACUGCUGGUGGAUUAUUGCCUGUGGAAUUGUGGAUUGUGUGGGGAAGACUUUAGCCUGAAUGCCCUCCUUCUGUCUUUUCCCCUCUCCUUCCUCUUGCUGUCCCAUCCUGACUUUCUUCCCUCCCUUCUUUAGAUAUUUCUAGAGAAGCCUGUUCUGAUCUGGUCCGUGUUUGGGUUGGGGACGAUGCCCUGAUGGAGGUGUCACCUCUGUCUUCUGCAGAGGAGCAGACAGAGCACAUCGACACUUCAGCCCGGCAUGCCACUCUGAGGAGCAGCUAUGAGAAAAUCACACCCAGGCCCUCCACCCAACCUCACUUUGUAGGUGCCAGAACAGGCCCCGCUGAGGAGCAAGCUGGCCCUGAGGCUUCUGGCCCACUUGAGCUCUCUCCUCUGAUUAUUUUCUGAGCCUUCUUCCUCUGGACUCUGGCCUGUAGGUGCCUGGAGCUCAUCCCACACCCAGUUUCAACUGUGAGGCCCCCAGGAGGACCCGAACCUUAGUCUGCAAGGAUGUGAGGUCCUGGAGCAGCUGCAGCUGCAGAAGCACUCAGGGCAGCACACGUGGAUGGGCCGGGAGCAGUGGACAAGGACAAGGCAGAUGUGCUUAUGACUUCCUGGGCUCUGGCUGCUUCUGCCAAGGAGGGAGUUCUAAGAAUGAUCCAAGUUAACCGAGUCCACACCUAACUGAAUCCAGUUCUUAAAACCAUGGAGUGUCAGAAUUAGAAGGUUUCAUAAAGACAGGUUUGUCCCACUAGUAAGAAGUGACACCAGCCGUCAGACUGUCUGCCAGGGACAAAGCCCUCUACCCAGGGAAUAGGGUACUGCAGGUGGGCAACAGCCUGGCCAGAUAUCAGGGUCUCCCUUGCUUGAGGUUGCUCAGAACCUGCCCUAGCCGGAGCCCCCAUAGGAGCUGGAGAUGGCUCAUCCAGAUCUCCCCAUGCCCAUGCAUGAGGGGGUUAGGACAUCCUCCUGGCGUAUAGUGGUCCUUCUGCCUCUGGAUUUCAAGACAGAUUCCUCCUGUCCCUCAGAGUGUCAGUUUCCUUAUCUCUUCAAUUAGAGGCUGAGAAAGGACUCGUGGGGUCUCUCCAGUGACUGCUGGGGGACAUCCAGGAUGUGUGGAUCUAAGUAAGUGGUCCUUAUUAUGAAAGCUACUGUGUCGUCGCGCCCUCCUGGGUAGCCCUGCACCGGCCACUUUCCCCGUCACAGUAUCCCACCAUCGCUCCAAGACCCCUUCAGGUAAAGAGGCUAUUGGGGUAUAGGUGAAGGGCUGAGACUUAGUGGUUUGGGCACUUGCUCAUGGCCAGGCCUCCAGGGGAGGGUGGGAGGGUUCUGCGGAGCUCCACAGACUGCACUCCAAACCAGGGCUGCUUGCCAGAGCCUCUUUCCAGCCCCGACCUCUAUAACAGUCUUUAUGCCUGGUGCACCGUUGCCCUGGAAAAGAAGGAGCAAGGAAAGAUGCCUGGAAAGGGUCGAUGUUAAAUAACAACAUGAGUUGUUUUAUUUAUUUAAUUUAUUUAUUUAACUCGCCCCAGGGCACAUGGCAAGUUAGAGGUUCCCCUGAGCCUCACCCAGUCCCCUGACUUCCAGGCUAUAUGCUUUCUGCCUUAGUCAGUAGGUGUAGCAUUUAUCAAAGGUCCAGAGAGACUUAGACAUUGAUGCUGGAACUUCUCUGCCCCAUCCUGUCCCACAAUGCAGACCACCAGUUAAAUUCUGAUUUAAGGUCAGCAAUUCCCCAUGAACCAAGUAGCUGUUCAGCUGUUGUGUCUUCCUCUGUGCUAAAUGCAGUUCCAGUCUUGAAAGAUAGUAAAGCAACAGCAGCAGCAGCAGCAAGUCGGUGACUCAGUGCUUAGGCAGGCAGAAGGGAGGAGGCUCAAGGUCAGGCUGGCUUCUGGAACCUUCUGAUACUGCUGUGACAACUUCUCUGCCCAGCCUCAGAGAGGCAUAAACAACACUAGAUGUCGCUGAGUCUGGGAAGAAAACAGAGGCUGCAGGGCUUGCCCAUCGGUUCCAGCCAUGUAUUACUGUACACCCAUUGUGCCAGGGGAUACAUGAUGGGUGAAGAAGCCCCCUGACACUCGCCAUCAUGUGGACACACUGAUGCUAAAAGAAACCCUUCUCAAACACUCACAGGAGCUCAAUGUGUAGACGACUCUCAGGGCCAGGUUCCCAGUUAUCAGGGAGAGGAGAAGAAGGGGAAGGACGAGAAAGAGGUCAAACCUGAACCCUGAAGGUGAGCAGCAAGCCUUUGCCAAAGAAGGUGCUCUGCCUUAGGUCUCAUCCUUGUCAGCCAUGUUAUAUUUGACAAGGUUGGCUCCAGGUCCUCAAGUUCUUUCCUGCUCUGUUUCUUCCUGAUACGGCCCAGUCUCGCAAUGUCACUCGGCACGUUCCCCAUCCUUCAUUCUCUGCAACACCUUCUGGGGCUUUCUCAACAGCAGCACUCCUGCUGCAACUGUAUCUCCUGAGAGCCACCAAUCCUUGCUGUUCUCACCUCAGGCUAGCCCUCCCCAGGAGCACAGAAGCAUGUCCGCUGGGGCCUUCCGAGCAUCUGCCUCUGCGUGGCAUCUCAGACCUCAGCCUGUCUGUCCUCCACUGACACAGGUAGAAGAGACUGGACUCAGAGACUCUUCCAUUGUUUAGUAGAUUUGUGACCUUGGGGAGUCUCUGAAGCUGCUGGAGGCUCGGAUUCCACAUCUAAAACAGACAAGAACCUCAGCCAUUGGUGUUUCCAGGAGUAAGUUUAAUGGUGUUGCACAAUGCUUGGCACAGUUACCAGUGCAGACAUUGGAUAAGCACAGGCUCUCUCUGCCCAGACAUCUUUCUUCUCCACACUGCUUGUUGGUUCUCAAUUUCAGCACAAAUAUCCAUGGCAUUCAUUCCCUCCCUGCACUUGCUUUUGCGGCUGCUAUAAUUUGGGCUUUUUUGAGGGAUCCUCAUUUAUUCUAAGAAUUAGCAUCCCAAAACACCUUUUGUGAGACCCAUUGCUGCUGGUACCACACAGUCCAAGUUUUUGUUUUGUUUGUCUGUUUUCAGUCAAACCAUACAGGCCAUGCCACAAACAGGCUCUCCCUCUUUCUAGAGACCCUCCUGCCUCUGUGGGCCUCCCUUCUUCUGUUAGUCCUGUGCUUUUGUGCAAGAGGUUCAGAUGCCUGGAAUGGUCCCACUCCUCUGCCCCUUCCCCCUCUUCUUAUCUGGUCACUUCUGCAAAUUAUUUCAGGGUAUGACUCCUGCUACAUCCCCUCUAUGGAGUGGGCCACCCACUCUGCCCUCUGUGCGUCUGUGUCAACCAGCAUGGGGAUAUCCCUCAGGAUUCCCUCAGAAUGCACAGUUAAGAGUCCCAAGACUCUCAGUGGAUGGCUUGUCUUUUCUCUGGGGGAAGGCUUGGAACCAAGCUCAUCUUUGUGGCCCUGGCACUGACACAAAGCCACACAGUGGUGUUAGAACAUUCAUGACUGGUGCCUGUAAUCCUGGGACCCGCAGUUGCAGCGUUCGGGAAUCAGAGGCAGGAUGACCAGGAGUUUAAGUCUAGUCUGGGCUACAUAGCAAGUUCAAGGCCAGCCUGGGGUAUAGGGAGCGUGUCUUAAAUUUUAAAAGUGAAUUUAAGCAAAAUUCAAGUACAUUUGCACUGUGUUACUAACCUCCAGACUGCUCAUUCUAUAAAAUGAAAGCUCGAACCCUGUGACAUGCUAAUGGGCCCCGCUUCCUGCCCCUCACAAUCUGCACUUGUCUCUCUGAAUCUGGCUGCUCUGAUACUCUCACCUAAACGGAACCAUAUAGUGUUUGUCUGAUGAUUUGAGCCCCUUUGCUGGUAGCAAGUGCAGACUUGAGCUUGCUUUGCCAGUGAGCUCGGCUGUCUUGCUUGUGACUGGUUCGCUGGUCUGUUCCUAUUUUCUCUUGCAUGAUCUCUUGUAGACAUUUUUUCCCAUUUCAAAGACAAAAGGAAAAAUAGCCACAGUCAUCACCUAACUUGACGACAACUUCCAGAAAUCAGUGACUGCCUCCUCCUAGCCAGGAGAUGGUUCUUUGGCCUGAGGCCAUGCAACAAUUUUGGGGUAGGCUUUCUGUCUGCUCCCGAACUGUGGCUGUCAACCCUUGUGCACAUUCGGAUUUCCUGGAGCUCUGUAGUAAGUGGUCCUGCUGUCGUGCCCUCGUCUUCCAGAGACAAACACGGUAGACUAGAGGACGUUUCCCAGGGUCCCUCGAAGAUGUUCAAGUGGUUCCCAGCAUAGUGGUUGAGCGCCAUCAUGCUGUGCAAGGCAGUGAUCUUGAUCCUGUCUCACAGGGGUCUUCUGAAGAGAUUUCUGAAAUUCCUGGACCCUACUCCAUGAUAUUUCUAUGUGGUGUGUUUAUCUGGAAUGGGACCUGGGCUCCUAGGGCUUCAAGCUCAUUUGGUAUCCUGGGACAUGCUGAAGGUGACCUAGGGACUCCACUUGGGGAAACCACUGUCCUGGAUGGUCCUUUGGUCUGUGGCUCUGAUCUGUUGCAUUUUUUUUUGUCUCUGGUGGGUGGAUUGUUCUAGAAACAUCUGAUUCAGGUGUGAGACUUUUUUAAAGUACCAUCAGCAUUUCCUCAUCUGCAUAUUUUGAACAUUGGAAAAAAAUAAACAUCAUGAAAUAUUUUUCAAGGCAAAGUAAAAGACUUCUUGGAUUUA